AUGUCCAAGCGAACACCAAGAGAGAAAAUCAAUUUAAAAGCCUCUGAAGACAAUUUCUGCAAAGACGACGAUGAUCAUCACUUGUUACAACAUACUCAACAAACAUUUGGAGGAGGAGAGGAUGUUAACGAAGGAUUUACUCCUACUUUAUCCGAAAACUCAUCACUAAGUGGUACACUCGGAAAUAUUGUCGUUGAUGAUGACGAUGAUUGGUAUCAACAAGAACGAUUGGAUCAUGAUGAUACAUCAAUUAGACUUUCGUUCGAGAAACACCCUUUACUCAUUGAGACUGUUAUUCAAAAUUUAUUUGAUUUUACCGAAAAUCCCUUUUCAAUCUUGCUGGUCAAUCGGACUUGGUACUUGUUCUUUCACAAUGUUUAUAUUCAACAAAAAAGAACAAAUUUCGAGGAGAAUCAACCAUCCUUUUUAGAAAGAAUUGGAUGCUCAAUUGCAAGAAGAGACAUGAAAAAGUUAACUAAUUUUGUGUACAGUAUGACUAUGAUGCAUAAUCAUUUAAUGAGAGGAAUAACACAUGUACAAAUUCAGGAGAAUAAGAACAUCAAAGAUGAAAUAUCAUCAAUAGAUGUGUGCAUGACUUUAUCUAAUGGAAAUAUUAUCAAGAAAGACAGUUCUAAAAACACAUGGGAGGAAUUUACUAUUACACAAAAAAAGAAAACUCAUGAAAGCCCAAAACCUAUUUCUUCCUCUGUGCAACAAGAGUUUUUUGAUCAGGCAGAAGAUUCCAUAUUAGGAGGAAGAAACACUGUUCUUUCAGCGACCACACGAUCUUACUACACCGCAGUUAUUAGUAAAAAGACCACUGAACCAAACGAGAAAAGAUUUAUUGUGACAGGAGGAAAUGACUGUAUCAUUCGAGUACUUGACUAUGAGACAGGAGAACUAAAAGCUUUUUUUAGUAAGGCUAAUAGACAGCCUAUUCUUGCACUUUCGUUGAGUGGAGACAAAAUAUUCAGUGCUUCUGAUGGAGUUUAUGUUCUACAGUACCACAAUGUUGAAGAAGAAAAAAUUCAUCCAGCAGAAAACCAGGAUGACAAAGACGAUGACUUUGAUAAGAAGACAAAAAUCCACAAACCAAAAACAAAAUUGUCGAAGGAGGAAGAAAAAAAGCGAGAGAAAGAGUUAAGAAAGCAGUAUCAAAAGAAACAGAUCAAGGAAAAGAAAGAUAGAGGUACCUUGAAAAGGCCCAAAAUAGAGUUGAUCAAAACUUUCAAGCAUCACUAUGCUGGACUUGUGACAUCAAUGCAGAUCCACAAAUAUGACAAAUCUCAUCUGUUGCUCAUUACCUCACAUACUGAGAACAGCAUUCGAUUAUGGGAUUACCACACUGAAAGCGUGCUGGCUAUCAUCAUUGGUGAUUACUGUGCUCCAGUAUAUUCUGCGUUUCUCUCUUUCAAAGGAUUUGGAAGGCAGAAAUAUUUCAGUGUUUGUUCAAUUAACGACAGUUUUGAAAAUGCCUAUGUAUGGAAUCCCAACACAUUACUUCCUUCUCCCACUGUACAGUAUAACAGUAAUCCAAAUGCCACAAUUGAAGAUGUGUUAUUCAGGAAGAGAACAUAUGACGUUUCGUCCCAAAACAUUCUUUUUCCAGAGAAACAUUGCAAAGAGUUUGCCUUCUUUUCUCUCACAACUCCAUUUCAGACUAUUUUUUCCAUUCCUUUCCAAAUCGAGGAUGAUACAUUAUCAUGUUUCGGAAGAAGAACUUCAGAACUUGGAUUAUUUCAGCCAAACGUUAGUUUGGAUAUUGUGAACAAGAGAGAGAGUCCUCCUCUUGACAAGCUCAAAAGUCAGGUAAAUGAUAGCUCCAGUAGUUAUAUACUAGACGAAAUAUCUCAACUUCUUGAAGGAGUAGGAACAAUAUCAGCCAAAGAGAUUGCUGCAUCCCUGAAAGAAAUAAUUGAAAAAACUCUUGAAGAACCAUUGCUUACCUCCACAAUUGCAGAGCUACUCAUAUGGUAUGCAUGCAGAAGCUCUACUGCACAUUUUUCUCAAGUUUUUAGCGAAAUUUGUUACAGAACUUUGUUUGGGCUAAAAACAGGACCAUCCAAAGACUCUAUUUAUGACGUUUUAAAGCGAGUUCGAUUAUCUGAAAAAGAGCUGCUAGAUUUAAAGACGUCACCCAAAUUACAUCUAUUAUUUCAGUAUAAGUUGUCUCACGUGUUGCUUGUUGCCAACCUCUUCCACAUGUAUCCAAAUUAUUUCAGGAGAGUGUUACGAGAGGUCAUUUUGGACGUUGAAAAGGAUUUAAGGUCGGCCUGGGAAAACAAAAAUAUGGCUGCAACUAGUUUGAAUAUUAUGAGAUUGUAUAUUUUGAUCGUUGAUUCUUUUACAGACAAGCCUGUAGAAAUUUCUGUUGUUCUUUUAAGUGUUAUUGAUCCAAGCCAUAUAACCUCAAUUACAGAAAUUAUUAAGGAAAUUGCGAACAAUUCAAAUUGGGAUAGCUCUUUUUACUAUGUCACCAUUGCAAAGGAAAUGACAUCUAUUUUGGAAUCCAAAGAAGUGUGUAAUUGGAAAUGCAGAUUAGAAAAAGAUUUCAUCUGUAAGAUAUAUUAUACUGCUGCCUCAUUUAGAGCAAACUACACAAGACAAUUUGUGAGGAAUAACAUUUACAACUCUCGAGAGCGAAUUAUCUAUGUUGAAACAGAAGCAGUUCCGUACCUUUAUGGGUUUGGAAAACGAAACAUUGCGAAGAUUCAACAACAAUCAAAUGCGGAUGUUUUCAUUGGCAGAAGGCCCACUAAUCAAGACAAGCGAGACAAAAUUUCUACCAAAAAGCAACAUCAAGAAGGUGACGACACAUUCAAAAAGAAGCAAGAAAAACGUCACCAAAAAGAAGAAAAAUGUAAAAAGCAGCUAUUAGGAGAUUAUACUAGUGUGUCUGUCAAGGGAGAUAUUCGCCAAGUCGACCUAGCUCUUGCCUUAAUAGAUAACCUACUGACCAAUUUUUAUGAUAAGAAGCAAAAGUUUAGCCGAAAGUUUGCUCCGAUUACCUCACUCUUUUUGUUCCACGACAUGGUCAAUGCCGAAGAAAGCUUUCUUUUCUUUGCUCCAUAUUCAAGACUUCCACUUGGAAUUAAAUAUAUCAAUGAGAGAAGGUUUGCCUUGAAACCUAUUGGAAAGGAGCACGAGAAGGUUCUUGCGCUUUCACAAACUCCCGAAAGCCCAAUAAUUUCGUCUCAAAGCCUAAAACACAUUAACUAUGGUAAUGGAACUGUCAAACGAACUGUUUAUUUGAAUUUGCAGAAUGAUGUGACAUUUUGUUUUGAGAAGUAUUAUUCCGAGAAGAUGUUCGACAACAUUUCAUAUGUCUUACAAAAUCUCACCACAAACUACUCACAACAAGCAUUGAAGGUUAAGCUAACAAUUGGAAAAUUAUUCUUUUACCAAUUGCCUCAAUAUAUUGAGGAUCACAAUAAUUGUAUUCCAUUUUGUGCUUUCCUCUAUUCAUUCAAUCAAACGAUCCAUAGUGCAUCUGAAGAUAUUAAGGAAUUACUAUUAAAUCCAAAUAGACAUCAUUCAGAAAAGAAAGCUUUGGAAAUGAAAUAUUCAUUUGAUGACAACGUCAGUAAGCACCAUCAGGCAACAAUAACCUCAAAAUUGUCUCCAUCAAUGGCAAAAAAGUUUGAAUCUAUCAUGUGUAUAGAAAUUGCGGACAAGAAAAACACUCAGUUAUUACAUUUGAAAUUUAUUGUUAAAUCUGGAGACAAUGUCACCGUUAAAUUCAAGUCUUUGAAAACCAUUCCCACAACAUUAUGUCAUUAUUAUUACUUGAAUUUGACACAAAAAGGAUCUAGACAAGAAUGUGAUAGUUUGAUUAGUUUCACACCCAGUGGAGAUAAUGUGGAAAGCCAGUAUUACAUUAUAAUGAAAUUUGCACAACAUUUAGAAGAGUAUUCAAACUCAAAAACUAUGACCAUUAAUCAACUUUUGGAUUACAUUAAGUAUCAAUUUUUAGAGUUGGAGGAAAAUGAUAAACCCAAGUAUAUUAAUCUUCAUGAGAACUAUAUGUUGUCAAACAUGACAGUUGCGCAAAUAUACACAUUUGAAUGCUUGUACUCAAAGAUGAAUUUCGACAUUUCUUCAAUAACAAUAGGGAUGGAGAGAAAUUUGAACAAUUCUGAUAUUCCGUUGAGAAUCAAGUUGAUCUAUAUGCAACAUAAUUGCUCGCUUCACUCAACGGUGACCAGAUAUCAAUGGAAGAUGGAAGUGGUAAAGAAACAUUUUGCUGGCGAAUCAGCAGAAAAGGAAAUUAUUUCUCUUCUUGAUACUUCUGAUAUUCUUCUUUACUAG